CUUGAAAUGACGGAGCAAGCGCCGCUCUUCCGUCUUGUCGUGCCCGCGCCACCAAAGCCCUCGUCGUCGUCGUCGUGGCUUGGGAAGAUUUUUCUUGCCGGGAUCAGUGCCGCAGCGCUCCUCGGUGCCACGUACCAUGUCCAUGAGCAGGCAACGGUAGCGCCACCCGUCGCUGCCCACGUGACCGGGUCGCGAACGACGGCCACAACGCUAAACGGGUCGUCGUUUUGUGAUGCAACGUACCAAGAGGCCGGCUAUGUACAGCUGCCGCACAAGGUCGACGACCACUACUUUUACUGGUUCUUCGAGUCGCGCUCGAAUCCGGCGACGGACCCGCUCGUGCUCUGGCUCACCGGUGGCCCCGGGUCGUCGUCGAUGAUUGCGCUUCUCACCGAGAACGGCCCUUGCUCGAUCAGUGACAACUUGACAACGAUUCACAACCCGCACUCGUGGACGUCGCACGCUAACGUCAUCUGGCUCGACCAGCCAACGGGCGUCGGCUUCUCGUACACGACGAGCGACAAGGACGACGACCACAACCAAGUCGACGUUGGCCGCAACAUUUACGCGUUCCUGCAAGAGUUCCUGGCAAAGCACCCCAAGUACGCCAAGAGCCCGUUCUUCAUCACGGGCGAGAGCUACGGUGGACACUACGUCCCUGCGGCCGCGCACUAUAUCCUCAACGCGCAGCUCGAGCCGCGAGCGUCGCGCCGCUCCAAGAUCCAUAUCAACUUGCGAGGCAUCUCGGUCGGCAACGGCUUGACCGACCCUGCCACACAGAUUCCGCUCACACCGGCGUUGGCCGUCACCAACGCUUACAAUAUCUCACUUGUGCCCGCGGACCAGCUCACCCAGCUGCUUCAGGACGCUGUUCACGCCGGCGUUCUCGCGCAAGAGUGCCGCGACGGCCAGCGCCAGAGCUGCCUCGCUGCGCUGGGUCUCUGGGACGAUGCAGUCAUUGGCGUCAUGCAGCAGAUGAACCGGAACCCUUAUGACAUCCGCGAGUUCUGCGGCGAAUCGUGCUUCGACGAGACGGCCAACGCUGCGCGAUUUCUCAACUUGGCGACGACGCAGGCGACACUUGGUGUCCACAAGCCAUGGGUCAUGACCAACGAGACAACGUACUCGGACUUCAGCGCCGACUUUAUGCAAGACUACGUGAGUUACGUGCUGGAUCUUCUCGCGCAUGGGGUCCGCGUGCUCAUUUACGCAGGCGACGCCGACAUCAUGUGCAACUGGGUCGGCAACGAGGCGUGGACAAAAGACCUCGUUUGGCCCGGCCAAGCCGCGUUCAACAACGCGACGGUGCACCCGCUUCUUGUCGAUGGCGCCAGCUAUGGCGAAGUCCGUUCGAUCUCGAGCCUGAGCUUUGUACGCGUCUACGAGGCCGGCCACAUGGUGCCAACAAACCAGCCCAAGGCGUCGCUGGCACUGAUUGAACGCUUCUUCAAGGCCCAACCCCUUGAUCAGUAGUUGUA